GGGGUGUUCCGCAGAGAUGUUAGGAUGGCCGGAAGUCGCCAGGUCUCUGCCCCUGCUGAUCCUGUGGAUGUCUGAUGUCCUGGGACAUGGUAGACUCAUCGAACCGCCCUCCCGAGCAUCCAUGUGGAGAUAUGGCUUCAAAUCCCCUCCAAACUACAACGACCACGAGACCUACUGUGGAGGGUUGUACCGCCAAUGGGUGCGAAAUGGCGGGAAAUGUGGAGUCUGCGGGGAUGCUUGGGACUUACCUCAGCCACGGCCCCACGAGGCAGGAGGCACGUAUGGUCAAGGCAUUAUCGUCCGAAGAUACAAGAAAGGAUCUCCCUUUACCAUCAGGGUGGAGAUCACCGCUAAUCAUCGUGGACAUUUUGAGUUCAGACUUUGCAAACAAAACAACCCCCAAACUGUGGUUACUGAAGCAUGUCUUGAUCAAAACGUACUGAGAAGAGCCAAGAGUGGCGGAGAUAAGUUUGCUGAGAACAAUCAUCCCACCAAAUACUUUUUAGGCCCGGAGAGCAAGGUGUACGAGAUGAGAUAUGUGUUACCUCCAGACCUGACCUGUACCCAGUGUGUAUUACAAUGGAGGUAUAUAGCGAGCAACAACUGGGGGCGUUGCGACAACGCGACGAGCAGGAUAGGAUGCGGUCCUCAGGAGGAGUUCCGGGCCUGCGCAGAUAUCUCCAUCGAGGACAAGGACGGCAACGUCGACGAGACACCCUUCGAGGACGUCCAUGGAGAGAAGACUCCAGCAGAGGAAGGAACAGACGAGAGCGAAGACAACGAGGUUGGCAGCUUCCAGGCUGCCGAAGAAGACAAAUUCUGGAUCUCAUUGAUCAUCAUGCUAGGCGCGAUGACCCUAGCUUUGUUCAUCUACAUCAUUAUAUUCUUAUAUUUUUACGGUGUAAACAAAACCGUCAAGCCCUGUUGGCAUUCAACGUUAAAAAGUGUGAGGCACACGUUAAAACCCGGUAGCGUUGCCCCUGUACCUCCUCCCAGGAAGCGGGAGUCCCAAAAUAGAGACACUGAGAUAAUGCAUGCGUAGCGGGUACGUAGUUGCACACAAUAUUCUCCCAAUAAAAAAUUAAAUACGAUUUUGCGUGUGUAUAAGUAUAUUGUAAUGAUAAUAAGAUGUCCGUUUCA